UUAAUUUUUUUUCUUCAAUUUCUAGCAAAAUUUGAAUGGUUUUAAGUGUUGUGAUAGGUUCCAGUUUUGGAAGUUCUAACUAGUUUUUGUAGUUGAAGUCCUUGUGCAUUUUCUGUUUGAAUACAAGAAUUUGACACUCUUAUAGUGAAAUUUGAGCAAUAUCAGCUUCCGGGUAUUGCUUCAAAGCCUUCAAUUUUGUUCCUUCUCGUCUUGUUUUGGGAAUUUAAAGAAAAUCUGUGAGGGGGGUUGGUGGGGGGUGACAAAUCGAUCAUAAGAAGCACAUUUUCAAAGACAAUGAUUCUGCUCUUCAACGGGUUCAACCUGUGGAAGUUUUACUCAGUUCUUGAUAAGAAAUUAAUUUUUGAUAAAAGCUUUUAUUUCUGGAUUUUCCAGAUCUUCAAUACGUACAGUUUGGGCUCAUAGCUACAAGUUUCAUAUCAUUCCUCAUUAUCUUCCUAGCUCUCUGCUGUUAUAAUUUUCAUAUAUUUUUUUUCUUUCAAAUUGGGAUACUUUUAAGAAUUUGGAUUAGUUAGGAGGAGAGUGGAGUUAUGGGUGGAGCAUCACUACCACCAGGUUUUAGGUUCCACCCAACUGAUGAGGAACUAGUGGGAUAUUAUCUUAAAAGAAAAGUGGAAGGGCUUGAAUUUGAGCUGGAGGUUAUCCCUGUGAUCGAUUUGUACAAAUUUGAUCCCUGGGAGUUACCAGAAAAAUCAUUCCUUCCUAGAUGUGACAUGGAAUGGUUCUUCUUCUGUGCACGUGAUCGAAAGUAUCCAAAUGGCUCAAGAACAAACAGAGCUACUAAAGCUGGCUACUGGAAGGCCACUGGAAAAGACCGGAAGGUUGUCUGUCAAUCCACUGUCACUGGGUACCGCAAGACCCUUGUUUUCUAUCGUGGACGUGCUCCUUUAGGCGAUAGAACAGAUUGGAUCAUGCAUGAAUACCGUCUCAGUGAUGAUCUUGCUCAGGGGCCAUCAGGUCAUCAGGGAGUUUUUGCUUUGUGCCGUGUUAUUAAAAAGAAUGAGAAUGCACAGAAGACAAAUGAUUCCCAUGGAGAGCCCAAGGCCAAGAGGGUUGGAAGUGCUUCGAACAGUGGGGAGGAUUUGAGCUCAACAAGAAUCUCAAACGAGCCCUUGAACAUCUCUGAUGAUUUAUCCUCUCAAGCGAGUUACCAGCAUAACGAGAGUCAUUAUUCAAGCCAUGUUACUUCUCCAUAUGAAGUUAAUCCAAUAGCAGAGUUUGAGCCAACUUCAAGAGAGACCAACCCUGCAGACUUCUGGGUCUCGCCUGAUUUUAUUCUUGAUUCUUCGAAGGACUACCCACAGUUACAAGAAGCUAUGCCUAAUUACUUUCCACAGUACAAAAGUGCAAUGGCAUCAUGGCAGUCAUAUGAAAACACAGAAUCACCUUAUUCCUCAUACUCAAAUUUCACAGGGGACGUAACAAUGGCCGAUAAUGCGAAUCAAGUAGCCGACAUGUCACCUUUCUCUGGACACACAGGCUACAUGGGCUAUUAUGGGAAUGAGGAAAUGCAAUUUGAAGGUUUUGACCAGCCUAGUUCACUGAGAAAUCCAACACCCUUCUGAAAAGAAAAGAAAGGAAAGAGACUCUGUCUUUUCACUGCAGGGUCUGAAAACCAUACUCCAAUUUGUAUGCAAGUUAGCAUAGAUGGGAGUUUGGGGGAACUUGGAGAACUUUGGUCGCAGGAAGACAACAUGGUCAUUGUGAUGUAGGGGUCUGCCCGGUGCCGGAUUGAUCAACCAGAGUACAAUGUAUUAUGUCAUCCAGAGGGGAUAUCCAAGACAACGCCUUUUAACGUUGUUUCUUGGCGGUUAAAAAUAAUUAUCACUCUUCUUUUACAUAUAAUGAGUGGUUUGUGUUCUCUGCAGAAGAACUGUAUGGACUUUAUCUGUUGUUUGGAGUUGUUUCAGAAGUUACUUGUAAUCUUCCCCCUUGU